CUUUCUGAUAACACUCGCCCAGUUUGUAUAUAAAUGGCUGCCAUUUGUUGUUCAGGUUUUGUAUUUGCUGUAAAGGUUCAGUAAUUCAGCUCACAGUGACUUAGGAUGGCCUCUGAGGAUCUUGUUCUUCUCCUACCCCUCCCUCGCCUCCAGCAGCUGGCCCGUGAUUGGCUGGCAGAAGAUGCUCCAUGGCUGGAUGUGGCUGGGUGGGCAGCUUCUCAUGGAAGAGGUGACUUACAGGAAGAGGCGGUGUUACUGUGUAAAUCUGCUGGGGUGUUAGCGGGAAGCCCAUUCUUUCAAGCAGUUUGUGAAGAAGCUGGGUGCUCUGUGAGUUGGAAACACAAAGAAGGGGAAUGGCUAGAGCCUGUUACACAGGUGGCAACUGUCAGGGGUCGGAUCAAUGACAUUCUCCUAGCUGAGCGUCCAGCUCUCAAUGUUUUAUCUCGUGUGAGUGGAGUAGCCACCCUGGCCAGGAAAGUGACACAGAGCGCAAAAGGUGCAGGAUGGUCUGGACAAGUAACGGGGACCAGGAAGACUACACCUGGCUUCCGUCUGCCUGAGAAGUAUGCCUUGCUGGUGGGUGGAGCUGGGACUCAUCGAUAUGGAACUAGUGACCUGCUCAUGCUAAAGGACAAUCACGUAUGGGCAAUGGGUGGAAUCACUGAGGCUGUGGCGGGCGUGCGCUCUCUCAUUGGUCACACACUGAAGGUGGAGAUUGAGUGUCGCUCUCUGGAGGAAGCAUUUGAAGCUGCAGCAGCCGGAGCUGACAUUGUUAUGUUGGACAAUCUGUUCCCUGAGUCACUCCAUGAAGCUGCUCUUGCGUUAAAGACAAGACAUCCAGAUGUGGUGGUGGAAGCCUCAGGGGGUGUUUCCCCUCACAACCUUCUGCAAUUCCUUGGACCUCAUAUUGACAUGAUCUCCAUGGGAUGUCUCACUCAGGGCCCCCCAAGUGUUGACUUCUCUCUCAAACUUGCCAAAGGCUUGCAGACUCGACCUGUGACCACCAUGGCGCCCGUACCUGAGUGAGCACUUCCCUAUAGACUGUCUGUCUGUUCCCAGGCUAUAUAUUGUAUAUCUGUAAACCCAGGAAUAAAUGCAUGCAAUGUCUG